AUGGAAGGAGAAAACACAUUGAUUGAAGAUGUACCUAUAUUGGAAAUGGAGGAGGAGGACCAAUAUGAUGGAUCUGAUCUAGAUGAUUCAGAACAUGAAGACAAAUCUGAUUACACUUCCAGUGAUUCCGAUAGCAACAGUGAUUCCGAUAGCAACACAGAGACUACAAAUAAAACAAGGAAGAGGGGAUUGACUCGAUUGCCAAAGUUACGGACCGAACAUACAAAUUCUGGUGGAAGAAAAAAACGUGUAAAGUUUGAUGAAUUUGGAAGGUUUGCAGGGAAGUAUAGAUCACAACUACCUAGUUAUCUGGGAGACCUAGUACGGGAAAGGGUAGGAGUUAGUGUUUUCAACUGGAAGAAGGUAACAAAAGAAGUCAAGGAAAAACUAUGGGAAGAGAUAACGGUAAAUAAUAAAGUACUUGCCAAAGAUGAAAUACCACCCCGGUCAUUAAUGUGGUGUAAAGGACGUGAAAACAAAGCAGGCGAAAUAGAAGAUGCUAAUGUAAAACUCAUGGCAGAAAAACUAGUGGAACAUGAAAAACAAAUUAAAGAUGGAGAUGUGAAGCUUGAUCCUGGGAUAGAUGCCAUGUCAUUAGUCUUUGGCAAGGAUAAUGGUGGAUUCUUAAAAGGGGUUGGCACAGGUGUGACUGCUAGUAGAUAUUUCAAUAUUCCUAGAACCAAAGGAUCUUCAAAAGAACAAAUUGCGGACCUAAAGUUUGAACUACAGAAUGAGAGACUUGAGCUCCAGAAAAAAGAUGAAGAACUUAAAGCGUUGUCAACAAAGGUGAGAGAACAAGAUAAAACACUAAAGCUAGUUUUAGCUCAUCUUGAAUCACAAGGAACAAUGAUACCAAAUCUAACAUCUCAUCCGAAUCAGUCUCCAACACAAGUCUUUUCAGUGGACAAGAAUGUUGAAUCUCAUGGUACUCCUGUUACUAAUACUAUCAUAGAGAAAACACCUAUCACAGAUAAAGCAUUGACAAAUGAACCAGUUACACGAGUAAGUAAUAACAAAAACCGGCAAAAUAAUGUUGAAUCUAAGAGUGUGACUACAAAUUCACAUCCAAAAACAAAAGAUACUCAUUCACCAAAACUCCCACAGACAAUGAAGACGACGAAGUGCAUUCUACAAUAUCCAGAUAAUAGAAGCAACGUUGCUUAUGGUACAGUUUACAUUUCUUCAGAAAGACAAGCCAUUCAUGGAGUUCCACUUCAAGACGACUGCUAUAAAGUAUCAAUUGAUGAAGUGAUAAAGGGAGCUGCAUUUUUACCAUAUCAAAACGGUGAUAUCAAAACAGUUGAGGAGGCACAUAAAACUUUUGUUGCAUGGCCCAAAUACCUUGUCAAAUGUGACAAAAAGAUACCACGAAUGAGAUCAACUCAAGAUGAUGAAUGUAAAAGCUCCAAGAAGCAAAAAAAAAGUUUUAUAACAAGAGAGAGCCUUGGCAAGCAUACAAGGAGCACUUUCAACAAGACUAAACAAAUCUAGUUUU